AUGUUGCUGAUACUAGUCUUUCUACUACACAUCCAUCUUUUAUAUUCUUUGCCAAAUAUGUAUUUGUACGAUUCACCAAGACGAUGUGCAAAUGAUACGGAAAUUAUUGAUCACUUAUUAUUUGACACGGCUCUGCAUUAUAACAAACACAAACUACCUUCGAAUCCUGUCGAUGUGCGUAUUGAAAUGUGGGUGCAAGAAGUGACCUCAGUGUCCGAGUUGACACAAGACUUUGAAAUAGAUUUAUAUAUGAACGAGUAUUGGACUGAUCCGGGACUGGCAUACGCUAUACUGAAUCCAUGUCAGGGGAAUCUCUCAUUCGAUUGGACUGUCUUACAAAAUAUUUGGACGCCAAACACGUGCUUCGUGAAUUCAAAGAAAGCGCAGAUUCACAGUUCGCCUUUCAGGAAUGUUUUUCUCAUGGUUUUUCCCAAUGGUAAGCUUUUAUUCAUUCCGGAACAGGACCGAUAUAACUUUUUCGCUGUAGAAUUACAAUUAGAAGAUUUCAAGUCAAAAGUGCUGUUGUCUACUUCUUGA